AUGGAUUCCAUAAUAUUGGAUCACGAAGAAGCUGAUGAGCAGAUGGAUUUACAAAAUGGCCGAUCCUAUGAGUGCAUGUAUUGCAAGCAUGGGUUCACUACAGCUCAAGCGUUGGGUGGACAUAUGAAUGUCCACAGGAAAGAUAGAGCAAAGAGCAGAUCUAAUCCUUCAAAGAGCAACACUAGACCCCACCAGCCAUGCUUGAUCACUCGUGAGUUCAUGUCAAGAUCUACUCCUAUAAUCUAUGAUAACAAUCAUGGAAAACAUAAAAACCCUAAUGGAUUGAUCAUCACGAGUUCAACUCGAGAGGAGAUGAGAUUGAGCUUAAGUUUAAGCUUACAGUUUGGUUUGUCACAUGAAGGAGAAAGUAUUCAAGAGGGAAAUGAAGCUGAUGAUGAACUGGAUUUGGAGCUUCGUCUUGGGUAUGAUCCAUGA